UCCAGAGUUUAAAAAAGAGGAAGAUGGGAAAACGUGACAUCAUACGUACUGAAGAUCAUAUUGUAAAAUAUCUUCGACAUCCUGUAUAUGGUUCAAGAAAUUUGCACAUGAGACACUUACACCAAAUAGACUCAUAUGAUAAUAGAGUGGAAGAACAACUGAAGGCGAGCGGGUUCUAUUAUGUUUCUCAAAUUGGGAGGAUCGUGUCUCAUAGGCCGACUGUAGACGCACUGGUUGAAAGGUGGCGCCCGAAAACGCACACGUUUCAUCUUCCAUAUGGUGAGUGCACGAUCACUUUGGAGGACGUCGCAAUGAUUCUUGGACUCCAAACUGAUGGUUUGCCAGUGACUGGAUCAACUGAUCAUAGUACAAGUGGGUUAGAAAACGAGUGCUUGGCCCAAUUUGGUGUUGCUUCUGGGCCGAACGACCACAAAGGAAGUGGAAUCAAGCUGGCAUGGUUCCGCACCCUAAAGCGGCGCCAACAUUUGACUGAUCAAUUUAGUUGGGGUUCUGCUUGCCUUGCGCACAUGUAUCGAUCAUUAUGUCGGGCAUCGAGAUAUGAUUGCAAGGACAUGGAUGGUCCUUUGGCGUUGCUCCUUGUGUGGGCCUGGAUACGAAUGCCGACAAUAGGGCCUCUGCCGGUGGAUACCAGCUUUCCACUCACUCGCAGGUGGAAUGAUUAUCAACCCACCACUGAGCACUAUAAAAAUUGGACAACCUCUGACGUCAGGAGAAGGUUGGAUGAUCUUCCUCUGGAUGGGUUUGUGUGGGACGCAUACAGUCCUAAUCGGGUUGCGCCUCAAGUUAUUCCAUUUGACAUUAACAAUGGUGCAAAUCUUUGGAGUGCAACUGAUUAG